AUGAAUUACGAUUCGUUAUCCGAUUCAGAUGAUAUUAAAGUAAUGAACAAGAGCACGACAAACGCAAUAACGACAAUCACCACAACACAAUCUAGCGAUUGUUUCAAUGAUCUGAUACUGAACAGUGAUGAUGAGGAAAAUCAAAGUGAUGAUGAUGAACUUGAUGUUGUUAACGAAAAAACGGCAAGAAAUUCUGACCAAAUAAUAGGACGACGUUAUUCUUGCAAUAGUAGUGAUGAUUGUACAUACGGUACGGAAAACCAUGAAGCAGAUGAACAAAAUAAAAAACCUUUAAGUUAUUCGUCAUCGUCCUCCUCGUCUUCAUCGCCAUCUUCAACUAUUUCAACCAAUGACGGUGAGGCUGAUAAAAAUAAAAAACAUAUUGUUAAGCCACCAUAUUCAUACAUUGCUCUAAUAACAAUGGCCAUAUUACAAUCACCAAAUCGCCGUUUAACACUAAGCGGUAUUUGUGAAUUUAUUAUGAACAGAUUUCCAUACUACAAAGAACGUUUUCCAGCAUGGCAAAAUUCCAUCAGGCAUAACUUAAGUAAAGGUAAUUAUUGGACAUUAGAUCCAGCCAGUGAAAAUAUGUUUGAUAAUGGUUCAUUUCUGCGUCGGCGAAAACGUUUUAAACGUGCUCAUAUAAAUCAUCAUCAUACAUGUUAUCAUUCACAAUCACCGGCAACAACAUUUCGUACAUUUCCAAUUGACGCUUAUACUUCCGCACAUCCUCCUAUCUAUACAUCAUCGCCUACCGGUUAUCAUCCUCAUUCACACACUUAUUCAGCAGCAGCUAUGGCAGCCGCGGCAAUGGUCUCAUCAAAAUAUCCACAGAUAAAACGUUUUAUGACAACAAAUCCUUAUUUACAUUCAACAAGAACAUCGGCAUCACCUAUUUUGAAUAGUACGUUAUCACAAACAACGCCAAAGAAAUCUCUAUUUACUAUUGACAGUUUAAUUGGUGGCGCUAGUAACAACAUUGAAAAGUCAAAUGAGAUUUCAGACCAUUCAAAAUAUGGUUUAAAUUCCUAUUUAGUGAGAGAGGGAUCAUCAUCGUCAGUGACACAAUCAUUUCGUGUAGAAAAUUAUUCAAAAACCUCUAUUCGUCCAGAAACUGUCAAAAAACUAUUUGUAUCUGGCAAUGUUGCUGAUGAUUCUCAUCGAACAUAUGUACAAAAUUUACGAGAAAUACAAGCAAGACGAGAACUUCAAUUACAAAAAAUUGCUCAGGAUGAAAAAAAUUUUAUACUGGCCAAUGCAUUAGCAAAAGAACAAUCAUUAAUAACAACAUCGCCGAAAGAAAUUGGUGCAGAAAAAGAUAAACCUUGUUUAAGCAGUCUAUAUGUGGACGAAAAUGCACUUACGCGAGAUCAAGUCAUUUUACCAAGAGAUUUUCUUAGUCAAAAUUUACAACGACAAGCAAAGCCCCUUCUACGGUCAGAUUCGAUUGAUACGCCAAAAGAAUCAAAAGAUACUACACUGGUACAAGAAAAUAUCACACAACCAGUAGUGGGGGCAAAACGAGCUGGUGAAAAGUUGCCGCGAAUUAAUCAAAAAACAUAUUGGAAAGAGCAACUUCGCGUACCUGAUCGCGAUUUUGAUCGUACAAAAUUACAGGCAUUUGAUAAAUUGACAAAUUAUCACGUGAACCCACGCUACGAUGAAAAUAAACAGGGUCAACUCAUUACAAAUCUACCACCAAUGACAAAAGCAACUAUUCUUCCAGUUUUCGAAGCAAUCCCAUCUGAAGUUUUAUUUACACGUUAUCGUGUGGGGGAUGUUCAUGAAACAACGUUACAGUUACGAAAUUUGAGUAGUGUUGCGCAUAGUUGUCGGGUUAUACCGCCUAAAACACCUUAUUUUUGUAUGAGCCUCGGCGAAUUUCCAGCUGGACAAAGUAUAGUGGCAACUGGUCUUAGUGUCACUUAUAACAUUAAAUUUGCUCCCGAUACUCUGGGCUCAUAUGAAGAUGAAAUUAUUGUACAAUGUUCAAAUGGAACUGAGUUUCCUGUUAAACUGUAUGCAAAACGUCCGCCACCUUUGCUUACAUUGCCUGCUAUGGUGGAUUGUGGUCAUUGGUUAGUAGGUGGUAGAAAAGUUUGUCAAUUUAAAGUUCGAAACGAUGGUGGAGAAGGUAGAUUUGCAUUAGUUCCAGCAUCUCUCUGGCCAUCAGUCAGCUUCAAAAGUAUUGUUCGAAAUGAAAUGAUUCAAAUACCCCCAUUUGAAAUUGCCCCAUCAACAUUAGAACUACGUUCUGGUGAUACGUUUACAUUACAAGUUUCAUUUGCCCCACAAAUUCCAGGCGAAUUUCUUGAAGAAUUUGUAAUGGUUUGCGAUAAUGGUGAAAUUACCAGACAUAAAUUGAGGGGUAUUUCACAAACAAUUCAAAUACAACUAGAAGAGAUUGAGGGAGGUGGAACUGAUAUUGAUGAACUUGAAUUUCGUGAUAUAUCAGCACAAUAUUCAAUCAGAUUUAUACCAAUUAAUCCGUUUUCAUAUUGUCAAAAGAAAUUGACGAUCAAAAAUGCGACACAUGUCGAAUUACCAUUUAGUUGGACAUUAUUGAAACCAGUAUUGUACAAUGCAAAUGAUUUUUCAAAUCAACCACAAUCGAUUGAAAUAGAGCGUGUUAUUAAUGACACAUCGCCUUUCCACAUAGAACCACCUCGUGGAACACUAGCACCAAAUUCAACAUCUGAAUUUCGUCUCAUAUUUGCUCCAUCACAAAUUGGGGAUUAUCAUACUGUGAUGCAUUUAAUCAUUCCAAAUGCCCCAAUUUAUCCCUUACCAAGCCAAACUCAAACUUCAUCAUCAAGUCUGACGUCGAUAGGACCCAUCGAACGUGCAAAUUCACCAGAUUUAAUAUCAAGUUCUGGUACAAAAUCAGAUCGCUUAAAACUUUCAUCUGGAAAUGUAAACCGUGUAUCGGAUAUGACGGUGCUUCGUCUUGAGACACGUGGUGUUUGCGAAAGUUUCAAGAAGGAUUUUCAAUUAACAAAUACAAGCAUAAGCCCACUGAUGGUGAGUUGGGCACAUCUUCUUGGACCACAAAUUGUACAUGUUGAACCAGUUGUAGCAGAAAUACCAUCAGAUGCAACUGGAUUAUUUACCUUGAUCAUGACUGGUACUGAAAUUGGUCCGACAAAACUUGAUUUUCCAUUUAAGUUAGACGGAAUUGAUGAUUACGGUUAUUUACAUAUAGAAGCUGAAAUUUGUGUAAGAAUUAAUUUAUUAUUUAAGAUAGGACCUGAUGUUGAAAUUGAACCAACAACAAUUGAUUUUGGACUGGUUGAAUACGGUCGAAAUGUAGAAAAAUUCGUGUCAGUUAAGAAUAUGAGUCCAAUUCUUGCCAAAUGUAAAAUCAGAGAAGUAAAUCCGACUUCAUUAAUAUCGUUUGGAUCUGAUGAAUUUAUACUGAAACCUAUUGAGCUUUAUCCGUUGAGUGUUCGAUUAGCAGCGAAUGAAGAAGGAAUAUUACUGAGUGUGGUUCAUUUGAAUGUCGAAGAUGGCAAAACAAUUCCGAUUGAAGUAACAUCUUUAAUACAACGACCGAGUGCCUAUUUAACACCGGUAGAAGUGAAUAUUGAAUCAGCUUAUAUCGGAAUACCGAUAGUUCAAUUCAUCAAAUUAUAUGCUGUCAACACUCUACCAACAAAAUUUCAGUGGGGACAGCCGAUUGGAAAUGAUAUUGAUCAGUGUGAAAUAUCGAUUAUACCUUCAUCUGGUAUUAUUCAAAACGGUGAAUCAUUCGUAAUCGAAGUAACAUUUUUAGCGAAAAACGAAGGCAAUAUUAAUGAUUUGCAUAUUCCAUGCUAUAUUCAAAAUUCGUCGGCACCAAUAUUUUUGAAAUUAAAGUUAGAUGAUUUGUUGACACUUGAUUUUGAUGAUGUUCAACUGGGUAAACAAUCAACGAUGGAACUAACAAUCACGAAUUUAACGGACAUCAAGAGUAAAGUUAGACCAAAUAUUUCAAAAUUCAAAGCAAAGGUUAUCCCUACUAAUGCAAUGACAAUGUAUAAAAAACCACAAGGUUUGGAACCAUCAGAUCAGUCUAUUGGCGUAGGAUUUUAUACUGGUGAUACUGUUUAUAAACUUUAUCCAAAAUCGAGUAUAACGUUACCAAUCACUGUGGUUAGUUCCAUGUGGGGAACAUAUAAUGACACAUUGCAAUUACAGAUUGAUGGUAUUGAUCUUAUCAAAGAAAUUCCAAUACGAGUAAACAUAGUAGGAACACCAAUUCGAAUGUAUUUGAGCGCGGCAAAUGAUGAUACGUUACCCGUAGUGCAAUUUGGCACGAUGUUACACAAUGCUAAUCCAUUAAUGAAAAAAAUUCAUUUGCAAAAUAUUUCACACAAUCCUGUUCGUAUUGAUUGGAUUUUAUAUGAUCGAGACAAUUUAGAGGUAAAUCCAACUGAGAAACAAAAAGUGAUUCAAUUAAUACCAGUUAUUGGACACCCAUUUGAUUCAUUAAACAAUGGUAAUAGUGAACCGAGCGAAUCCAAUACGUAUAUAACUGAAGGUACAUUAUCAACCAUCGAACAAAGUGAUCGAACGGCGUCUGAUACUGAACGAUCAGUUACUACUACAACGACGGAUCGUUUGAAACCAUUGAAACUUUAUAUGAAACCCUAUGAAGGUGCACAAUGUAUCGGUAAAAAUUGUAUGUAUACAAUCAGUCCAACAACAAAAGUAAUUCCACCCCGUGAACACAUUUAUCUUGAUUUAACAUUUACACCCUCCAAUUGUCCAAUUCAAAACAGAACAAUGCAAUGCAAUGCAACAUCAAUCGGAAUAUUAAGUGUUUCGCAAGAGUUACAAGGCUCAUCUAAACAUGGUUAUGAACGUGUCGUAUUUUAUGAACAUGAGCAAGUUCAAUUUGAAAUGCAUGCAAUACUUGAAAUGCCUAUGCUUCGUGUAGAAGUCAAUGAUGAUGAUGAUAUUGAUGAGAAAACAGAAGAUAGAAAUGAAACACCAAGUGACCUAGUUCUUUCUCGUCCCAGCUUGUAUGAUUGUACUAUACCUUCGUCCGGUGAUAGUACCAAACGUGUUGAAAAAAUCUACAAACGAUCAAUAAAUUUGUUAAAUUAUCUUCAGUGUAAUAUUCCAUUUGAUAUCGAUGUAUCCGAUUCCAGUUAUUUAUCAACUGAUCUUACGACAACAAAAACUUUAUCACCAAAUGAAAAAUGUUUAGUUCGUUGUAAUUUUCAUUUAACACAAGAUUUAAUAGAUCGAUAUAUCAACUAUGAUGAAAAUUCAAUAAUUAAUGGUGCAGAAUAUUCCGUUAAUAAUGAACAUGGUCGACGUUUAAAAUAUUCAGAACAAUUAGUUAUUAAAUAUAAAAAUGUUAUUGAAAAUAAUGAACAAAUCAUUCCAAUUAAUAUUCGUCUUUACUAUCCUUUAUUUUUAAUUAAUUAUGAUUUAAUUGAUUUUCAAAUAUGUUUUUUAAAUCAAACACGUCAAAAAGAACUUGUUCUUAAAAAUCCUACAUGUUCAUCUUCAGCAUGGUCAAUAAGAAAGAUAUGGGCAAAUAUUCCUGAUGCUUUUGAAUCGUUUCAAAUUGAACCAAAAUCAGGAAUAUUAAAAACAAAUUUUAAAGAUAAAACAAAGCGUUCACAACAAAUAAUUCAAAUUUAUUUUACAGCAAAACAGACACACUAUUAUGAAUGUAAAAUAUUAGUCGAAGGAUUAUUGGGUGAAAAACCGUUACAUGUUACAUUGAAAGGACAAGGUUCGUUUGAUGGCAAAUAUGAAGCAAUAUUAGAUAUUUGA